AACUUGACCAAAAGCAAACAAAAGAGCAAGAAAAAAAAAAAACCUACGCCGUGUUGUGAAUGUGCUCUUAAAAAAUUCUCUAUUUUUUAUUAUCAUAAUAAUUUUGUAAAUAUUGAAUUCAAUUAAAAACAAUGGAAAAGACUACCCAAAAACCAACAUCAAUAACUUCAAUAACAGGUAACAAAAGUCAAGAAGCAGUUUCCGAUUUAAAAACCAAAAUCCCUGAAAUUGACAACAUCUUUAAUGUUCUUGGUCGUAUUGGAAACGGAACAUUCAGUACAGUACUCCUUGCAACAUUGAAAAAAGAUCAAGACCAACAGCAAAAACAUCGUAGAAAAUAUGCCAUCAAACAUCAUGUGCCCACAAGUCAUCCAGAUCGAAUUAUCAAAGAACUCAAAUGCAUGACUGAGAUUGGUGGAAAAGAUAAUGUUGUUGGAAUCUAUUGCACUUUAAGGCACCACGAAUCGGUGGCAUUUGUUAUGCCAUACUUGCCGCAUGAUAGAUUCCAUGAUUUCUAUGACAAAAUGCCUUUGGAAGAAAUCCAAUGUUUUAUUAAGAAUCUUUUAAUUGCUCUGCGUCGUGUACACAAAUUCAAUGUCAUCCAUCGAGAUGUUAAGCCCAGUAAUUUUUUAUAUAAUCGGCGUUCCCGCCAAUUCCUUUUAGUUGACUUUGGGCUGGCCCAAGAAAUGCCCAAAAUAGUCAAAAAUAAUACAACACUUAAAGUAAGAAGACGAGAAUGUGAACAGGACGAUGACAGAGUUCCAACACCGCCAGAAGAAAGCAAUGCAAAGCGUCUGCGUUGUUCCCAGCAACCAGAAACGCCUACGACACCCUUUAAGAUGCCCCUGCGACAACUCAAUGUUAAUACAACACCAACGAAGAAUACACAGCUUCAGUCACCUCUUAGUAGACAAAUCAAAUCAGUUCUCCUUGGGGUAAGCUUAACAGAUCGUUUGCAACAGCGAAAUAAAAACAACACGGGAUUGCAUAGAGUGGAAAACAAUGCCACUCCAGCAUCACCAUCCGAUACCAGUCGAACGUCGCAAUACAGCACAAAUAGGAAGUUGAAUUCCAAGUGCUAUUGCUAUGGGAAACCGCAGAUCUGUAAUAUCUGUUUGAUUAAGAAGGAAAUCCAUGCAUCUCGAGCUGGCACUCCGGGCUAUCGAUCACCGGAAGUGCUGUUAAAGUAUCCAGAUCAAUCGACAGCAGUUGAUAUCUGGGCUGUAGGAGUGAUAUUUAUAUCCAUACUCUCAUCGGUUUAUCCAUUCUUCAAAGCUCCCGAUGAUUAUGUUGCUUUGGCUGAAAUGGUUACUAUUUUCGGUGACAAGGCGAUUCGUAAGACUGCCUUUGGUUUGGGACGUCUUGUGACUCUUAGUCACUGGACCAAACCGCUGGAUUUGAGGAAACUUUGUGUUCGCCUUCGUAAUCACAAGACAAUUGGGUAUUCUGCGGAAUUAGAAAAGAAAUAUAUGACAAUAGAUGGUAGUGAGAUUGAAACUUGUAAGAAUUGCGAUCAGUUAUUUUAUGACUGUUUGUGUAAAGAAUCAUCUUUUACAACUCAUGAUCCGUCUUGUAAUGAUAUAUUUCCGGCGAGUGCUUAUGAUUUGUUGUACAAGUUGUUGGAAUUAAAUCCACAUAAACGUAUUUCAGCUGAGGAAGCUUUGCAGCAUCCUUUUUUCGAAGCUGUAGAUAGUACAACAUAGUUGGAGGAGGAGGGUGAGAAAGAGGUGCUGCUGGUAGACAUCGAUUUUUUUUUUUUAUAAUAAUUAUUUUGUAUAAUAAGUAAAGUAGAUUUUAAGAUAAUAAAAAAAAAAGUUACUAGACAUCUAUA